AUGGCCUCCGCAGACGAUGCCCUGCUCAAGACGGGGGAUAAAAAGGCUGGAAAGGAGGGGGAGGAGACGACGAACGGCGGAGGAAAAGGCCUCGCCGCAACACUCGGCUUAUGGAAUGGCGUGUCGAUGAUUGUGGGAUGCAUUAUUGGCUCGGGGAUUUUUGUCAGUCCGACAGGAGUACAGGAAAAAGCCGGCUCCGUUGGGAUGUCACUAAUUGUGUGGGUAGCCUCUGGUUUUUUCGCAGCGAUAGGAGCUUACUGCUACGCCGAGCUGGGCACGUUGAUUAGAAAAUCCGGCGGAGACUACGCGUACAUGAUGGAGGCGUUCGGUCCAUUCUGGGCCUUCUUGAGGCUGUGGAUCGAGGCAAUCGUCGUGAGACCGUGUACAGCAACAAUUGUUGCCAUCACAUUCGCCAUCUACAUGUUGAGGCCGUUCUUUCCAAGCUGUCCACCUCCAGACGGGACUGUUCAGUUACUGGCUGCUUUGUUACUAUUACUCCUGACGGCUGUUAACGCCUACAGUGUCCGAGCGGCCCAAUUCGUCAUGGACUUCUUCACGACUGCCAAAAUCUUUGCGCUUUGCUGCAUCAUUGGGACCGGAGCAUUUUUGCUGUGCACUGGAAAUCCCAAGUACUACGACUCUUUCGAGAACAUCUUCGAGGGCUCGGCUCAAGAUGUGCAGUCCGUGUCCCUGGCCUUUUAUUCCGGUCUAUUCGCCUACCAGGGCUGGAACUACCUGAACUUCAUCGUCGAGGAGCUGCAGAACCCUAAAAGGAACUUGCCACUUGCCAUCAUCAUCUCAUGCUCCCUCUGCACGGUCAUCUACACUUUGACGAACAUUGCUCUCUACACCGUAGUAUCUCCAGAUGAGAUGCUGGCAUCUCCCGCGGUGGCUAUUCUUUUUGCCGAGAAGAUGUACGGCGCCUUCGCAUUUGUCAUGCCGAUUUUUGUCGCAUUUUCCACGAUUGGAUCGGCCAAUGGUGUCAUUUUCACGUCAUCGAGAUUAUUCUACGUCGGUGCUCGCGAGGGUCAGAUGCCUCGCCUUUUGACGAUGAUCAACAAGCAGACGAGGACACCGUUGCCAGCCGUAUUGUUUACGGGCUUCCUCUCUCUGCUCUACCUAAUCCUGUCCGACAACGUCUUCAAGCUGAUCAACUACACUCAAAUCGUCUACUGGAUAGCCAUCGCGGCGGCCAUGGUCGCGUUGUUGUGGUUCAGGAAGACGAUGCCGGAUGCGCCGAGGCCAAUCAGGGUGCCGACAAUCUUCCCCAUCAUUUUCCUACUCGGCUGCAUAGCCUUGGUCAUUUUGCCAAUUAUGGCCGACCCGAAGGAAGCUGCCGUCGGCUUGCUACUCAUCCUUUCCGGAAUUCCCGUCUAUGCGAUCUUCAUCGGGUGGAAGAAUAAGCCAAAGUGUUUCGACACGUCAAUGGACAAACUCACCAUCUUCUGCCAGAAGCUGUUCAUGGUUGUCGACGACGAGAAGGAGGAA